ACGAUUAAACGGGCGCCAUCUUGCUGUUGAAUUUGUGCAUAGUUUUGUACAAUAGAGGUUUGUUCCUCCUCUCUUGCAGUCAAUGGCUAGUCAUAAAAGCGGAGGUGAUAUUGGUCAGCCCCUCCACUGGUCUGAGAGGGAGAGAAGGCUCUGGAUACUAGUAUUAUUUAUAUGUUCAAUACUUAUUUAUGCUGCCAGGUCCUCCCUCUCUGUAUCUAUAGUUGAAAUGGCCUCAGAAUUUGACUGGAAUAAAAGAACGUGUGGUAUCAUUCUCUCCUCAUUCUUCUGGGGUUACAGUGCUACUCAGGUGAUAGGGGGACAGUUAGGUGAUAAAUAUGGUGGAGAGCUAGUACUGUGGACAUCAGCAUUGGUUUGGGGCGGGGCAGUUCUAUCAAUAUCUAUUGUAGCUAGUAUAUCCAACACUUUAGUAUUUGUAGCUCACCUCACUAAUGGACUCAGUCAAGGUGUGUAUUUCCCUGCUAUUGCUAGUUUAUUGACCACUAGAGUAUCUGAUGAGAAUAGAAGCUUUGUGAAUGGACUGAUACAUGCUGGACCACCAAUAGGGUCAGUCCUCACUGGUCUCCUAGGAUACACGUUCCUCUUCUCCCAUGGGUGGGAGUACAUGUUCCUGUUAAUAGGAGUAUCAGGGAUUGGGUGGGGCUUACUCUUACGAUGGCUAUCAAGAAGACACACCUCUAAAAUACACUAUCAGCUAUUGGACUCAUCACCUAAACAAGAACUAUCAAAUAAUGAUAAUAAUAAUAAUAAUAAUAAUAAUAAUAAUAAUAAUAAUAAUAAUAAUAGCAGUAGUAAGCCACCAUCUUUUUUUGAUGUACCAUGGAGAAGUUUAAUGAAGCAAGGAUCAGUUCUGGCAAUGUUUUAUGCUAGUUUCUGUGAGGGGUUCUUCCUACAUCCGCUAAUGUCAUGGCUACCGACAUUCUUUAAUGAUAACUUCCAAGACAGGAAGCACAGCGUGAUUGGAAUCAGCUUAAACUUUAAAGCUACACAGCAUCAAAAAUGUAAUAGAAAUUUUAUUACAACUACAAGGAAGUUAAUGGAAGGACUAUCACUAGCUGGAUCUUCUCUUUGUCUCUUUUUUUUAGCCAUUGCCUGUCAGAGUGGACCUUUAGCUGACUUCAAUAUCUGUCUGGGUCUUGUUGUAGCUGCCCUGUUCUUUCAAGGGUUUGAAAUAUCAGGAGUUACCAUCAAUCCAAUAGACCUAGCUCCUUCUUAUAGUGGACUUCUUUAUGGUCUUAUGAGUGGACUCUCUGCUCUUAUUGGUGUAUUUGGUGUGUCAUUAGUUGGUCAUUUAUUACACUCAUACAACAACUGGUCUUAUGUCUUCCUAAUGAUAUCUGCUGUCUCAUUCUCUGGCUGCAUCAUCUAUUCAUUAUUUGCCAGUGGGAAAAGACUACCUCACAAUAUGCAUGAGGAAACUUGAUACUGUGGGCACUCUAAAAUAAGGAGCUCAGUAAUCAGGACAGGUAGUAGCAGUCCCAAUUAAUGAACCUCUGAAAUACUUGUAAGGACACUUCCAUAAAUAUCAUUGCAACAAGAGCAUGUAUAUUAUUAUGUAUGUAUCAGAAAAAAUUAUAAAAAUAAAAAUUAUCUCUUAUAGCGAUUUUUGCUGCAAUAGCACCCCAGAAGCAAGAGUGAAUCCUGCAAACUCCCUGCAUAUCAGCUUUUUGAGCUGCUUUCUCAGCAGUCCUAUGAUCAAUUGUUUACUGUUUCUAGUUAACUCGAUUUAGCUUAAAUUAGAUCUAAUAGCCUUAUCAUUCACUCCUUAAGGCAGUCAGUGUUUACAACUGGCACUCCAUACACAUAGUAGGGAAUCUUCUAUCCUGAGAGAAGAGAUCACUUUAAUUUGCAUUAUUUAAGACUGAUGUGUGAUUGAAGCUAUAGGUUUACAGUGUACAUAACAGUCAAAAUUGUGUAAGUGAUUUAAGGUUUGAUGCAAGGAAUCGCUUUGAGCUUGAGGGUCCUGGAUUGUGAGGCAUUAUUAUAGUUAUUGUACAUUAUUUAUCAUUUUACAGCAAAUUGCACAGACCCUGCAAACCAAUUCAUAAACCAAUCUA